AUGUCUUGCGUUGAUUCGUGGCAGAAAAAAUGACAGACAGUUCGUGACCUAAUUCAUUGUUCGCAAGGAGAGAAAGAUGAAAGUUCCACGGUUACGUUUAUCAUGUGUUGUAUGUUUGACGAAGUCAUUAACAUAAAUAUAUAGUUAGUUUUACAAGACUAUCUAGAUUUUUGAAGAAAAGGCGUAAUUGAAAAGAUGCAAUAUGGAAUCGUUUCUACAACUUUUUAAUCCACAAGAUGAUAAGGACAUAAGAAAAAGGCAGUGGGAUGAUUUUGGAAAUAAUGGAAAUGGAUUAUCGGAUUGUGAAACUUCUAGUACCGAUGAAGAUCAAGAGGACUGUCUGCCACCGGAGCCUGAACACGGAAACGUAGAAUAUAAAUUAAAAUUAAUAAAUCCAUCUAGUCAACGUUUUGAACAUCUUGUUACACAGAUGAAAUGGAGACUAAGAGAAGGACACGGAGAGGCAAUUUAUCAAAUUGGAGUGGAAGACAAUGGAAAAUUGACUGGUCUAACAAAAGAGGAAAUGAAGGCGUCCUUAAAAACUCUGAAAGACAUGGCUUCCAGACUGGGUGCUACUAUAAGAAUAUUACGCGAGCGUAUAGUUACGAGUUCUACUACUAAUAAUAAAAAUAAAACUUUGGCAUCUCAAAAUAGGAAUAAUAAUAAGGAGGAAAAGAAGGUCGCUGAAGUAUGUAAAAAGUUACGAAAGGACGACAGAGAGGACCAGGAUAGCAUCAUGGAUCUGAGACUGGCGGUCAUUGGUGCGCAAGAUGCUGGAAAGUCGACUCUCUUAGGAGUACUGACGCAAGGUGAGUUGGACAAUGGUAGAGGAAGAGCGAGGCUUAAUAUGUUGCGUCAUCUGCACGAUAAAACGGGUCGUACAUCGUCGAUAUCGCACGAGAUCAUCGGAUUCGAUAGCACGGGUCACAUCUUGAACUAUGCUGAAAUGGCCACAGCCGAAGAGAUAUGCGAACACGCCUCGAAAGUCGUUACAUUUAUUGAUUUAGCUGGACACCGCAAGUACUUGAGGACGACGGUACUUGGGCUCACAGGAUAUUCACCGCAUCAUGUUAUGCUAGUCAUAGCGCCGCCUCUAAAUGAAGUAUCGCAGGAACAUAUGGCUCUCUGUUUAGUUAAACUUCCAUUCUUCAUUGUCGUGAAUAAAAUCGAUUUAGGAUUCUGCGACAUAUCUGAGACUCUAGUUCAACUUGAGAAUGCUAUGAUGACACAAGGAUAUCCCAAGCAAUUAGUAUUGUUUAGCAAUAAUGAUAUACCGUCAUGGGACUGUACGUCAGAUGUGAUACCAGUAUUUAGUGUCAGUUGUGUUACCGGUGAAGGCCUUGAAGAAUUGACCAUGUUUAUCAAAAAUUUGACACCUUAUGAGAUGAAUUCAAUUGACUCUGAUCCAGAAUCCUGUCUAUUUCAAAUUGACGAAACAUUUAGGGUAGCAGGUUUGACGCAACCAGUUUUAGGAGGAUUACUCGUUAAAGGAGCGAUUGCACCAGGAACUCGUUUAUUAGUAGGACCUUUACCAGAUGGAGAAUUUAGUCCAGUAAGAGUAGUUAGUUUACAUCGUAAUAAAGCUCCGUGUUGUUUAGUUCGAGCGUCGCAAAGCGCCAGUUUAACUUUAGCGCCACCGACGAACCGUAGUCCUCCUCUACCACAUCUUCGCCCAGGAAUGGUUUUAGUCUCUCUACGUGAUCGCCCACACGCGACACUUUUCUUUCAGGCAACAGUACUGAUAUUAUAUCACGCCACUGCGAUAUUCCCCGGUUUUCAAACGACAGUACACGUGGGUAAUGUGAGACAGACUUGCGUCAUUGAAGGGAUAAUGGAUGUGAAAGAUAGGGGACUGCAGACAAACGACACUGCUUCUGUAUUAUUUAGAUUCGUUAGCCAUCCAGAAUAUCUUCAUGUCGGAAUGCAACUCUUGUUCAGAGAGGGACGAACUAAGGGAAUUGGUACAAUUACACAGAUCUUUCCUUUGAUUGGAUCACAGAACUCGAUAAAGUGAAAAAAAUUAUAUGACAAUGUAAAAUAAUAACCGAUAUACAAUUUUCUAGUAUUUAUAUAACUUAUAAAAGAAAGAAGGAAAAGUACAUAAAUUUUUAUU